UGAAGACUGAUAUGAAUGGGUGUGAUGUGUUCAGAUGAUUUUGUGCAAGUGAGGAUUCUGGGCCCUGAGUUCUGGACCAGUUGGAGUCUCUUGCCUUGCCUCUCCAGCUCUAACUUCACCAAUAACCAAGAACCAGACGGAGUCAUGAUGAAGUGGGCUGUAGUCCUGUGUGCCCUGGUGGCCAUCUCUGAGUGCAAUGUCAAGAUCUCUCUGAUCAAGGGGAAGACGGCCAGAGAGACCCUGAUGGAGAAGGGUUUGUGGGAGGAGGUCAGCAAGAAGUACCCAUACAACCCCAUGGCCAAGUUCCUUCAGACCGGAGACGAGGGAAUGACCAAUGAUGCCGACAUGUCCUACUAUGGUGUGAUCUCCAUUGGAACUCCUCCCCAGUCCUUCAAGGUCAUCUUUGAUACUGGCUCCUCCAACCUGUGGGUGCCCUCUGUUUACUGCUCCAGCCAAGCCUGCCAGAACCAUGUCAAAUUCAACCCUUCACAGUCCAGCACCUUCAAGUGGGCCAACCAGCCUCUGUCUAUUCAGUAUGGAACCGGCAGCAUGACUGGAAGGCUGGGCUAUGACACCGUUUCGGUGGGAGGCUUGUCUGUGAACCAGCAGAUCUUUGGUAUCAGUCAGACAGAAGCUACGUUCAUGAGCUACAUGGUUGCUGACGGCAUCCUGGGACUGGCUUUCCCCAGCAUUGCGGCUUCUGGGGCCACACCUGUCUUCGACAACAUGAUGAGCCAGGGCCUGGUGUCCCAGAACCUGUUCUCAGUCUACCUCAGCAGCAACUCUGCUGAGGGCAGCGUGGUGUCCUUUGGUGACAUCGAGAGUAGCUACUACACUGGACAGAUCACCUGGAUCCCCUUGACCUCUGAGACCUACUGGCAGAUCAGCAUGGACAGUGUUACCAUCAAUGGCAACGUUGUGGCCUGCAACGGUGGUUGCCAGGCGAUUAUUGACACUGGCACCUCCCAGAUCGUCGGGCCAAACAGUGACAUCAGCAACAUAAAUUCCAUGGUCGGGGCCACACCUAACCAGUAUGGACAGAACUCAGUGAACUGCGGCAACCUUGCCAGCACACCUGAGAUUACAUUCACACUCAACGGAAAUGCCUUCACUCUGCCUGCUACCGCCUACACCACCCAGAGCUCUUAUGGCUGCGUUACAGGUUUUGGUAAUGGCGGCUCUGACCAGCUCUGGAUCCUUGGAGAUGUUUUCAUUAGACAGUAUUAUUCCAUCUUUGACCGACAGAACAACAGAGUUGGUCUGGCCCAGGCUGUCUAAGAGAUCCACUGAUAAGACCCUUUCUAGAGAUUAACUAGAUGUCCAUUUAGACCCCAGACAUCUUAAAUCCCAAAGCCCUUAAGGAAAUCAUGAUAUGUUAUAAUUGGAGAAAUGCAAAAUUCAUGUGAAAUUUUAAAAGCCAAAUAAUAUAACAAUAUAAAUGGAUUUAUUCCUAAUACAUUUACAUAUCUCUGUCACAGAUUAAGAUCCAUUUUAGAAACAUGUCAUAAUGUGCAGCCAAUAUUUUUCAUAUGAAUCAACAUUAGAACAAAUUGUGACACGUUGAUUGUGAAAUGUUCCGCUGCUACUGAUGAAUAAAAUCUAUAACUAGCAA